AUGUAUCUGCUGCAUUUUGGGGUAGCGCUCCAUCACGCCACUCCCCCUCCUCCCCCUGUUCCCAGCCCCAUGCCACUUUCCACUCUCCUGCAUCGCAGGGCGCCCCCUAUUUCUAUGGAAACACCGGGGCCCGCCAGAAAAAAUCUGCCGACGGGCCGCGGGGCGACAACGUCUUGCCUGCGUCCAGCUCAACAAAUUAUCGUCGGUUUCAUCACCAUGGCGGCGGCACGCGUAGCCGCGCCCCGAGCGAUGCGCCCGAUCGCUCUCAGGGAGAUGGAGCAGAGACGCUACACCGUCCAGAGGGGGCGCUUGCCGGAGCAGCUGCACGUGCUCAGGAUGGGGCGGUCCGUGCUCUGCAAUCCGACGGGUCUGCGAGACGACAAGCUGUGUGCGGUCGCCUUCCCUUCAAGAGAGUUACUCGUGUCGGUCAACCGCAUCCUGGGAAACAGCUUCGACAUCCGGGAAGUGUCCACGGACGACCUGCUCGACCACGUGGAACACAUGAGCGGCGUCGCCGGGAUAUUCCAGAUCGUCGACUGCUCUUGCCGUCUUGCCGACCGCAAGACCUUCUACGAGGCGAAGCAGAUCGAAGCCGACGGGCGCUUUGUUAACGUGUCGGAGCAACUCAUAGUGUUCGACGACUGA